AUGGGGACACGAUUCAAAGAUGACACCAAAGACCCCGCGGUUAAUGUCACCACCUGGGUUCUUUUAGUCACGAUCAUCUUUAGCGUCUCCGCUCGACUGGCAACCAAAAUUCGACUGUUCAAAAGGCUCACUACGGAUGAUCUUCUGAUCAUUGCGUCCCUGAUCCUCGGCAUCGGUCAGAGUAUUGUUGUUUCGCUGGCAGUUGGGUCGGGUUAUGGAAAGCAUUCCAAGGAUGUCUCCAGCGCAGAUAUGGAACAGGUGAUGAAAAACCUUUUCGCGGCAUCACUUCUGUACCUCUUCAGCCUCACGUUCUCGAAACUAUCUCUGGUCGUGUUUAUUCGAGGUCUUACACCGUCUGCCAAAGAUAAAUGGCUCGCCCGAGCCGUCGAGGCCAUUGUAUAUGCCUGGGCAGUUGUUGCGAUCUUUGGGACUGCAUUCCAAUGCUCUCUGCCACAUACCUGGGACUUCCAGAAUGGUCAAUGCUUUAAUUUGUUAGCCUGGCGCUAUUUCAUCGCUAUAUCCAACAUCGUUACCGACCUCUUGAUUGUCACCCAAGCGAUGAUCCUGGUUUCUAGCAUCCAAACCACCCUGGGGCGACGACUGGUCUUUGCAGGUAUCUUCCUGCCUCGGCUCUUUGUGACGGUCGCAACGAUCGUCGAGCUUGCCUUCAUUAAGAAAGCCACGGAAACAAACGACCCAACGUUUCAGAUGUGUGAAGUCACUAUUUUCGAAGUGCUCAUUCAGUGCCUCAGUAUUGUGACAGCCUGCUGGGGACAACUCAACCCGUUCCUGUCCUGGAUGCGAUCGAACGGACUCAAGCUCGAUGGGGUGGAAGAACCGACCUCUUGGAGCUACAAGCUACGCUCGCAAUCACUGAGGCAGUCCAAGUCGCGGGACCACAAGGUCAAGUUUGAGAGCCACGAAAAUUUUGCUUUUCCGAUACCACAAGAUCAAAUUUUGGUCACGCAGGACUGGGAGGUCGACAGCCAGUCAAGCGAAGCGCACAUAAUGAGAGAACCUGGGACACACCCAUAG